UGUGGAGUAAUUCUAUGACAUUUUCAACUUGUCAUGAGCUAAUCAAAAUUGACUUUCUUUACAAAAACGAUGAUGGUUUGCACCAGAAUCAUAAAAUUGAGAAAAAUCAACCAUAAAGUUUUGUUUCGAUAUUUUCAUGAAACUCCUAGGUUACUUGGAGUUCUAAAAAAUUCCCCUAAUGCACAACUAGAUAAAAGUAUUUAUAACAGGUACAUGUGCCUCCCUAUUCCUGAGUUGAAAGUUCAUGGUACUUAUAUAUGGAUAGACGGAACAGGUGAAAACUUGCGCUCCAAAUCCCGAACUCUUGAAUUCAACCCAAGCACUUACAAAGAAAUUCCGAAUGGGACCUUCGAUGGGAGUAAUACACUGCAAGCUCCUGUUCAAAAUCCUGACUGUUACCUGAUUCCUAUAGCUAUGUACCACGAUCCAAUUCGAAGAGGAACAAGUAAAUUGGUGCUUUGUGAAACCUUUGAUGCCAACGAAAAACCAAGUAAAAGUAACCAUAGACAGGCAUGCGUGGCAUCAUUGAAUAGAAUUUGUGACCAGCAGGUGGAAAUUGGCUUCAAACAGGAGUACUUUUUCACAGGAAAGAGCGGAAAACCUUUUGGAUGGUCAACUGAGGGGGAUCCAGAACCAUCAGAUUUUCAGUAUGCAGGAGUUGGAGCAUUUAAAGUUUAUGGACGGGAAAUUGCAGAAUCAUUCUAUCGUUGCUGUCUUUAUUGCGGAAUAGACAUUGCUGGAGACAAACCUGAAAGAUUCCUGAGCCAGUGGGAGUUCAGAACUGGACCAUCUUCUUGUAUAAAGGCAGCUGAUGACUUGUGGAUGGCAAGAUGGUUGCUUACAAGAAUUGCAGAGGAUUUCGGAGUUGGCGUGUCUUUUCAGCCAUCAUUUUCACCAAAGUGGCAUGGCUCAGGUCUACAUGUAACUUUCUCUUCUAAGAGAAUGAGAGAAGAGAAUGGAUUAAGGCAUAUCGAAGAAGCUAUCAAAAAAUUAGAAAAACGUCAUGACGACCAUAUGGCAGUAUAUGAUCCUAAGGGAGGAGCAGACAAUAUUAAAAGGCUUACGGGUCAGUUUAACAGCUCGUUGGCUAAUAAAUUCACUUUCAAAGUAGCAGAUCGAACGGCAUCAGUAAGAAUCACAAAGACUGUGAAUGCAAAAAAGAAAGGAUUUUUUGAAGAUCGCAGGCCUGCAGCUAAUGCUGAUCCUUAUCAGGUCAUUAAUGCUUUAGUAAAAACAUGUAUAAUAGAAUGAAAAUAAAUAUUUCAUAAUUUUUCAUGA